AUGCACGAUAGCAAGAAUGCAUUAUCGGUUCAGAAACUCAUCGCCGACCUGGCCGGCAUAGUCAGGAUCAUGGACCAAAAGGACCAGCAGCUUGCCCCCGCCAUAAACGCUCCAAGCCAGUCCUGGCUAGAAACUUGGAUGACGGCCUUCUGGGAAACACUUUGCAGGGAAUGGGCUUCUAUCGACCAGUGGCGCAUGAACAAAGUUCUCUUACUUGUCCGCUUCUUCAUCAGAGAACAGUUCGGACUUGCUUUGGAAUGGGCUGUCAAGCAAGAUCCGAAACUGAAAGAUCAAGUGGCCAGGCAACUUCGCGUUCUCGAGGCUUGGCCACUUAGUCCUCGCGAACGCAGAGUUCCAGAUGGCUUGAGACUGCAUGUCCUGGAUGUGUGGACAGAAGAACUGGCCGGGCAACUCAGUGCAGCCCAGAAAGCACUCGACGAGGAUGCGGAGAACAGUGACCCUGAAAGCAAGAAGAGUAUCCUUUUGAGCUUGGCGCAAGAGUUCAUGGAGCCAGUACGAAAAAUCAGCCGGGAAGCGAUUAGCAAAGGCGUGAAGAUCAGAGCCAAGGAGGCUGUCAAACUGGCCGAGGAGCAGUUAUCGGGAUGA